AUGCAGCGGCCCCUUCACAGGAAAGUCGAAGCAGGCGGCGCGAUGGCGCCACAACCGGGUUCCUCGGCGGUGGCUGUCGAUGUAGCCUGUCGAUCAUUGGAUAUGCCGCGCCACCGAAGAUCUUAUAAGCACAAGGACUUGAUCCUAUCUCUGACGGAUGACGCUUCCUCGAAACCGAUAGACAGCCACCGCUCCAAGCUGCUUUCGGUACCGCGCUCACGGAAAGACCACGCCAUCUCUUCCUCCUGGAUCGACAUCAAGAUGGGCCGGCUAACAGAGACAUCAUCAGCAGACUCGAUGCUAGAGCAGCGAGCUUCGACAGGCGCCAUCGGCCAGUCGGGCAUCAACACACCAUCUCAGCAGAGCACACAUACGCUUCGCAAAUGGCUCAGUCUCUCGACACUUGUCCUCUUCACGACUGCCACUAGCAUCGUCUCGCAACGAUCAAGAAGCGUCGGGCCAGACAAGCAGUACUCGAUUGCAACGUCUGUCUUCCUGUCUGAGCUUCUCAAGUUCCUUUUGGGCUUCGCACUCGCCACGGUCGCGAGAGAUCCGUCUCCAACAUCAGACACUGCUCGACUACCCCUCUUCUCAGCGGACGACCCGGAGGGAUCAGAGAAGCUUGCUCGCGAGGCGCAAAGCUCACGGCUCGCAGCCGCGCCACCGAGUCUGUGGGCCAAGGCGCGAAGGGCAUGGAACGAGGUCUACUGCGCUUCGACAUGGAUGAUGGGUGUUCCGGCGCUCAUCUACGUGUGCCAAAACAUGCUUCAGCUCGCUGCCAACUCGCAUCUGAGCCCGGUGGCGUACCAGGGACUGUCGCAGCUCAAACUCAUCACGGCGGCGCUCAUCAGCGUGUUUGUGUUUGGCAGGCCGCUGUCGAAGCGUCAAUGGACGUGCCUGCCCGUACUGCUGCUGGGUGUGGUCUUUCUCACGCAAAAGAAGGCGCCAUCACACGAGGAGGUGGCCGAGGCAGCAAGCUUGCUGCGGGAAGUGCCGACGGACUCGCCGUUUGGGCGAAAGGUGGGGAGCAGCAGCACUUCGCUUUCGACGAAUCUGAUGGCGCAGGCAGCCUCGAUGCUGCUCGAGGACGCGAGUGCGCAGCUGGCGAUCGGAACGGCGUGCGUGGUGCUGGCGUGCGUGUGCGGCAGCUUUGCGGGCGUGUACAUCGAGACGAAGCUCAAGUCGAGCAUGUCGGUGGCUCUGUCGGUGCGCAAUGCGCAGCUGGCUUCGUUCGCGCUCGUCACGGCAGGAGUGGCGGUGGUGCUCGAGAUGAUGCAGAAGGGCGAAUGGGCGCCGCUGCGCAACUUUUCCACACUCGCUUGGAUCACGGUGCUUCUGCGCGGAGGCAGUGGCUACGUGGUGUCGGCAACGCUGCGGUAUGCCGACACCAUCAUGAAGGGAUUCGCUACGAGCAUGGCCAUCAUCACGACGAUCGCGUUGGAGAGCCUGCUGAGCUCGCGACUGCCAACGCUGGCCCAGCUGACGGGCGGCGCACUGGUGAUGGCGAGCACGUACAACUAUGUGCGCCUCAGCGCCACCGCCAAGGAGUGA